GUGAAGUUGUCAACAGUGAAGGUAGCUGGAGGACGACUCGCUGGCUACUGACAAUAUUAAACUACGUAAUUUAUAUAUACAGGAUGGCAGCUGCUGCCACUGAUGGUGGAGGUUACCUUGUGGCAGGCUCAGUGCUGCACCAGAAGACAAUUCCUUUAAUAGAAAAGAACAAAUCAGGUGUAUCAGUGGAAGAAAAAGUGCAAUUAACUCAGGAGUCUUCUGUGAAAACUGAGAGCCUGUGUCUGACAUGUGGGUCACCUGGCGGGAGCUUCAGUGCAUUCACCCGGGUGGGAAAUGCAGAGCCUCUGAUAAAUCUCCUGGGUUACAUCUUAAAGAGAUCUGUUGCUGACAUUGAUUUGUUCAGUGAUGUUGUGUGUUCUAAGUGUUUCAAGAAGUUUGAGACCAUCGAGAAACUUCUUUGUAAGUUUGUGGAUGUGUGCCGGGACACCAUUCAGAAUUUCAACAAAGCUGUCAAGGUAUUUUUGAAGUCCAUUCCUUCUCAAGUAAUAGAGGAUGAAGAUGGUCAGUGUUUAUUGGUUUUAAAUGGUGUUGACUUAAAGACAAACGAAAAUGGUAUUGUUGCACGAGCUCUAUCCCUGGCGUCUAUGAGGAAGGUAGAUAAGAGAAAUGAAUCAAAGCCUGAGAGAAAGUUUAAGUGCCCGGUGUGUGAUAAGGCUUUCAGGGCUUAUAGCCACAGAGUUGAACACAUGCUCAUUCAUACUAAAGAUAAAUCAUUUAAGUGUGAUAUCUGUGGGUUUCUGACCAGCACAAAAUCCAAUCUUGUUAAACAUAGACAACAACAUACUGAAGAAUGUAUUUGCACUAUCUGCAACAAAAAACUUUGUAAUAAAUUUUCUCUAAAAGAUCACAUGAAGAUCCACAACAAUGACAAACCUCACCAUUGUGAGUACUGUCAGAAGACAUUUUUAAGGGAGCGGGACAAAAGAAUCCAUGAAAAAAUCCACAUGGCAGAAAGUCCUGGAUUACAUCAGUGUAAAGUGUGUAAAAAAUGCUUUGCAAUUAAGUCAAGACUGGCCAGACACAUGUUGAUUCACCAGAAGGAAAAGCAGUUUGUCUGUCAAGUGUGCAACAAGAAGUUUGUGAGGAAGGAUGAUCUCAAAUGCCAUGAAAGAGUACACACAGGUGAAAAGCCAUAUUCUUGUAAAGAAUGUGGUAAAGUAUUUAGAUAUAUCUCUAACUGUAGGAAUCACAUGAGGAUACAUAUGAAAGAUACAAGUGUAUAUAAAUGUAAACAUUGUAAUCUCUCAUUCCCAACCGAGGGUAAAUACAGCAGUCAUCUGAAGACCCGCAACCACAAGAAGAAAUUAUCCGAACCCGUCUGUGAUCCUUCGGAACAUGUUUAUUGUGAUGGGUAUAAGCUGUCUUUCAACCUCACAGAUGACACUUUGCACAAGACUCUUUCUGUUGAGAAGAAACAGAAGCAAGGAACAGUUGAAGAACAUCUGUACUGCAGUAUGUGUUGCUUAACAUUUGAGAAUGUUGAACAGUUUUCAGAGCACACCAUUAACUCUCAUGUAGAAGGAAACACAUUGUCAGAGAAUACUGAUACUGGCAUUAUUAUCUCAAGUGUAGAUGUUGGCAGCGACACUGACAUUGUGUCAUUAACUCCUCUAGAGCGGCUCACAGUAACGGGUGAGGGUGUCAACAUGAUGGUGUCCAUGCAUACUGACUCCACAUCUUUGCAAAUUCCUCUUGUUCAGCAAUCAGUUUCUACUACUACUCUCCUGCCAGCUAAUACAAUUAUAGAUGACUCGCACACAUCAUCAACAAUACUUCCAUUGAAUUUGGAGAGUAAGGCCACCAGUAUUUUAUCUCGUAGUGGAGUGCCGAGCACGGCAUUGACAGAAAUUUCCGACAGUAACGGCAUGAUGUGUAGUGAGACCAUAGAACAGCCUGCAGGAGAUUCAACACUAUCAACGUCUGGCACAGUCACCAUACUCAACCCGUCUACGAUAUUCAAACUCAAUGACUGGGAUAUAAGCCAAUAUUAUCAAAAAUCGUGAUUAUUUGUUUGAAACAUUUCUUCCUAUCGUCUUCCUGUGGUGAGUGAGAAGAGCAAUCAUAAUUUCAGUAUUGACAUAUGUAUGAUUUAAUUUUUAUUGUAAUUGUUAAAGUUAAGGAGGAGGAGCUGUAUAUGCUGUUUUCUAUAUAUUUUGUGAAUAAAGUAUAUUU